GUGCUGGAAUCGUGAUGACAACUUCAUCAUCCCUUAAUGUGAGUAAAUGUAUUGUCUGAUCGGUUGAAUUUUUGAAGGAAAAAGAAAAAAGAAAAAUGAUCGAAUCGAAAUAGCAAGCAGUGAGUGUAAGAAUCAAAUCGAGAAGAGAAAAAAAAUUGUGACGUCUGAUUAUGAGCUUCGCGUAUGCAAUUUAAAUAUCAUCUGUGAGGUCACCUCGAAUAUGAAUAGUCUUCUAAUAGAAUUCUAGACGACCCUUGAACCUUCUACUAUGGAACGCAUUUUUGAUUAUACGCGAAACAUAUACUCGUCUCAUCAAGUAAUCAAGGAAAUAAAUCAAGAUAUUGAAAAAAGCGAGACGAAAGACAAGGAUAUAAAUAUAGGGAAAGAUAAACAGAAUAAAUCAACUAUGGCUGAAGCACCGAACUUACAUUUCAAUGUUAAUAAUGAAUGCAAUAAUGAAAGCAAGAUUCAUUUACAGUUAAUAUCAAGUUUUAUAGUUAGCCUAGCAUCAUUCUCCGCCGGGAUCUCCGUCGGUUGGCCGAUAAUCAGUGUUCCAAAGUUGGAAAAUGAAACCUCUUCCAAUUUUCGUAUAAGCGAAAACGAUGGAAUUUUGAUAAUUAACGCGAUACCGGUGGGCGCCAUUGUUGGAGCAAUUUUAUCCGGUUCAUUAUUGAACGUCGUAGGCAGAAAAUGGUUCCUCUACGCGACCAGUGUACCGUUCAUAGUCUGUUGGUUGCUCAAUUACUUCGCAAAUUCUUGGAUUGAAAUUUUAGUGGCGAGACUGGUAUCCGGUAUAUCGGUCGGCGCCUUGUAUUCCAUGGCCCCAUUGUACAUAGGAGAACUGGUAGAGCCAAGAAUCAGAGGAGCGAGUUACACCAUAUUAUCAUUCAUGUUUAAUCUGGGAAUCAUGUUCGAAUUCGGUCUUGAACCAAUUUUAAGCAGACAGAAUCUGUCAAUUAUCAAUUUAAUAUCGAUAGCCGUAUUUCUCCUAACCAUGCCAUGGUUACCAGAAUCGCCUUAUUAUUAUUACGCGAAAAACAAUUCAAACGCCGCGGAGUUAACUUUGGUAUGGCUAAGACGCAAGAAGGAGAACCACAAAGAGUUGAAUGAGAUAAAUGAGUUGAUAAAGAUAGAAAGAGGUCAAAAUGGCUUCAAAAAAUUAUUCACGAAAUAUUCACCAUACGGGAAAGCACUGACGCUUCUACUGUUACUGAUGGCGGCCCAACAAUUGUCAGGAUUCGCAGCCAUUUUAUUCAACUGCGGCGAUUUGAUCAGAAAAUUCAACGUACAAUUCGAACAGGAUUAUCUCCUUCUCGUAAUAAGCGCGAUGUUUCUAGUUGCAAGUUUAUUAUCCGCGGUUACCGUCGACAAACUCGGCAGAAAAUCUGUUCUUCUAAUAUCGACGUACGGCACUGUUCUAUGCCUUCUCGUGAUUGGUGGUUAUUUCUUUGCCGAACACAUAGGGAUAAAAAUCAGCAGUUAUUCCACGAUCCCAUUGGUCGCUCUUGCGAUUUACUUCAUUAUUUUCUCGUACGGUUUAACCUCAAUUCCGUAUAUAGUCUCCUCGGAAAUUUUCCUGACAAACAUGAAAAAUUGGGCAACAAUGAUCUCCAAUAUUUUUGGAUUCAUAUUGUUCAUAAUCGUGUACAACGUUUAUCGGUUUUUGAGCGAAAAAUAUGGAUACGUGAUAUUCCUUGUCUUCGGCGUUGUCGACUUUAUAAUUGGCAUUAUCUUGAACAUAGCAUUGCCGGAAACGUCGUCCAAAUCUUUCAACGACAUUCAGGAAAUAUUGAAAGGACACAAGAAGAAAUAAAGGAAAGACAAUAAAUGAUUUUGCAUUCUAUUUAUUCAAUUUUCAUCUAUGGUUCUCUUUAUAUUGUUGAAAUCCCUUUUUUUUUCAAAUUGUUGUCGAAUUGCCUAGGGAAGAACUUUCCGAGAAGAUAAGCGUUGUUUUCGAACGUAUUCGCGUGCAUGAAUUUGAUCAAAAAGAAAUUUCACGAAAAUGUUAACAACAACAAAACAAAAAUAAAAAUGGUAGAUAGAAAAGAUUUUUAAAAAUUAUUUCACACGUUUUUAUUGUAAUUAUAUAAUUUGCGUGGCUUACCAAAAUAAUACAUUAAAUUAUUUAAUGCUUAUUACGCAUUCGUUUACGUUCUCUUGGUGUCAAUUGUACCACUUUUUUGAUCGCAUCUUUAAUAUAAAAAAAUUUUAUCUUACAAUUGGAUUGAUAGAUAAUAAAGGAAGAAUAAAAAUAAA